GUGUUCAAUUUGCAUUUUCGGAAAUUUUCCCCAUUGUUUCAUUCCUCAUAAAUUCAUUGGAGGUGUUGAAGUCAGAGCAGUACCAAUUUUUUCGAGAUGCGUUUUGCGUUAAUAAUAUUUACUUCGCUAGUGGGUUCUGCACUCAUUUCGAAUGUGGACUGCACUCACAAACUACUAGGAGGACUAUUACUGGGAAGGGAUGGACUCGAUCCUCUCCAACCAAUAAACCACAAUCUUCCAAUAUUCCGGAUAUUCGAUGAAUUCUUCAACGUCUUUCGCAGAAUUUUUGGCGGCAUAGACGAUGGAAUAAACCGAUUUCUAGACGGUUGCAGCAAAGGCCUACCGAAUCUUCUCAACGGUAGCUUUGGAGAAGGAAGAGCAAAGAAAUUACUUGGACCUCUGUCACAAAUACCGGACGACGCUGAUCUUCCAUCCCUCGUUGGAGAUAGAUUCAAGGGUAAAACUGACAAACUAUCACUCUUGGUACAGUUUGCGAAGAAAUUCUGCAUAUCCGGCAAGUGCGAAAGACUUGAAGGUGGAGACUCGGGUAAUCCCUUAGAAGAUAUCCAAAAACGGCUCCGGGAAUUUUUUGACCACUUCGGACACCAACUCGAGAAUGGCUUGGAUGGUUUCAAUUCGGGCCUCGAAGAGCUCAUAUCAUCUCUCGGAAAUGGCAGGCAUAACGAAAUUUUCGAAUGUCUGUCGAAACUUCCAGAUGAUUUCGAUCCUUCUCAUAUUUUGGGAAAAGAAGGUUCCUCGCAGAGUGCAGAUGGAAUAUUGUCUCGCAAAGAUAUACUAUCUUUAUUGACGAAGUUCGCAAAAUCGAAAUGUUCUAGUGGGUGUGAUAAAUCUUGAAAUGAGCCCUACUAUAUAAUUUAUAAACACUGUUUUAUUUCGAAUAUUAUGCUAUUGGGAAUAGUUGUGAAAUAGCUAAUAAAUUUCUAUCAGUAUCUUGCA